GCCCUCAAGGACAUGGGCCUGUGGCCGAGCGAAGCCAUGAAGUGCACAUCAAGGAACGGUGUUUCAGGCUUCCCUUCCGGAUGGAAGUCCACUGCCGGCUCGGGUUACAACUUCAUCGGCACCAUCGCUGACAUAGACUUCACGAAGAACCAUGACAAUGCGACCGGGCAGAUGUUGCGCAGCAGUGGUGAGUAUUGGUUCACCACUGACAUUCCUGCCCUCACCUGUGCGGUGAGUCCGGGUCAUGGCAGGGGCAGCUUGGAACUGCAGACCCAGUGGCCAAGAAUGGCCGCUUUUGUCAUGAGUUGGAAGGAGAAAGCGGACCAGAAGGCGCCGAAGGAAGAGUUGGAGGCAUUCAAGUCCACUAGCCUUUCGCUUCACUUCAGCAUUCGUGUCAAAGAAGCUGAUCCGCUGGUGGGAUUUUGGAAGCGCUACCAAGCUGCCGAAGAUCUGGUGCAGAAUGCGAUCGAGGUUGGCAACGGCUACGCCUGCAAGCUGUGUGAUCGCUACGUGGAGUUGAAAGCUCUGCUCGUGUCGCUGGGAAAAGAGGCGACCCCCGACACGAUGUUCGAAGAGCUACAAGCGGCAAAAGCCAAGGACGUCGUGCGGUUUGCAAACGCCGAGACCACCGUUGGGUCUCCGGACCAGAUACGGAAGUUGCUGAGGCUGGUGGAAAUCUGCACUCAAGCAGGGGUGUAUCCUCUCCUGAAGUCCCUGCAGAUUAUCACCUCUGAGCGUACCUGGGUAAGCCGAUGGACGACGGUCCAGCGAUUGCCAGGGUUCGUGGGCACAGUGCCGGAAAACUGCCGAUGGACGGUUCAGAUGCUUGCCAUUGCCAUGCGGGCCGAUCAUGAGGAGAUCCAGCGCAACUUGCAUCAUGACUGCCGGUUCUUGACACCGAGCUCCUUGAAGGAUGUGGUGGACUUCCUGCUGACGCUGCGAAAAUGGUUGGAAAAGCUCCACUCCGACUUUCAGCUGCCAGAUGGCCAUUCCUGCAAGGAUGCAUUUGAGGCGGCGAAGAAGAACUGCCUCAGCGUCAAGAGCUUCACUGAGCGGGAUCGAACUUGCAAAGGAUGCCUUCCGGGUGACCUCGUGGUCUGUGUGCAGCUCAUGGAAGACAUCAUGAUUGGGAAGCACGACGUGGUGCUUUGGGGAGUGGUCAUGGGCCAGGCGACGGCGAGCUUCGAAACACGUAUGGGACAUGCCUCCAUCGCAAAGGUGACGAAGCAAGCUGAGGAUGUGUGGAAGAGAUUCUUGCAGCCUCAGGCACCUGUGCCUCAGGCUACCCCAGUGGAGGCCCCUGUGGAUGGAAGCGACCACGAGGCAGAGCUACCCAGUGCUGCAGUGGGUGGUCGAGUUCGUGAGCGAGCGCGACUGCUUGCAGAAGCCGCAUCGUCGGAGGUUGCGACGUUCAUAUCAACUCUGGUCCAUGACCACCAGGAUGCAGCGAAACUCAACAAGGUGUUGUUGGAGCACACAGCAGUUCAAAAACCUUUGUCCAAUGACACCCGGCUGGUGCUGCACUGGGAUUGGGCAAAAGAAGCCGAAGCCGUGCUGCUCUGUUUCGACAGUGGAAAUGCGACCUCCAACUCGGAGAUGCGCAAAGGGAAGAAAAUGUAUGAGACGGUGACCCUGCACCUGUUGCCCAGCCAGCACGACUUGAAAAAGCGCGCGAACUAUCGCCUUGCGGCAGGCGGCAGCAAGCGCCGACGCACCACUGCCGACAACAUCGGGAUGGAAGAUUCCAGUAUGGGAUGGCUGCCCAUUCCUUUGCUGGACCCGGAGAACUUGGAAAUGGUUCCCAUGACCUUCAAGCAGUCGGUGCUGCGUGUACCGUCCAAGACCUCGAAUGCUUAUGAGAAGAAUCCCCUCCCUGCAGAGCUGGACCCCACGGAAGAAGUGCUUAUUGAUUUAAGCCCAAAUGGCCUUGACUUCGCUUUGCAAGCGAUUCACAUGCGCAUUUUUGCCAUCCUGGUAUGCCGAAGUGAUGAGCAUGCAAUGGUUCUGAAGGAGAAGCUCCAGGGCAUGGUUGCUCGAAUGAUGGACGAUCCGGGCAAUGAACGAUUCUUCGUCAGCAAUGCCACUCUCGGCAUUGAGGAGGAGCAUUCGGAGACCGAGGACAACGGCAUUGGUGCAGGUGAGGGUGAGGCCCCAAGGCAUGAUGGUGACGGCGAGGGGAAUUCAGGAGAAACCUCGCCAGGCCUGGUGUCUGUAAUCGGAUGA